AUGACUCAACCAUACGUCUUCAAUCUCGCUAACAAGAAGCCAGGAAAGCAAGCUCUUCUCUUUGGUCUUUCAUGCCUCUUCUCUGGUAGUUUAAUUGCUAUCUACAAGAACGUCCUUGGUGGUCCUCCAGAAACUCACAAGAAUUUGGCUCAAGAAAAUGUUCUCUAUUACAGACCAUUCGAAGAAAAGAGAGAUAUUUAUUUCUUCAACUGGGGUCCUAUUAUGGGUCAAUCUGCUGGACGUCCAAAGAAGGAAUAA